AUGGAGAUGCAAAAGGUCUAAUAGCGCGAAACAGAUUUAAUCUAAAAUAGUCUGAGUUCUCGUAUCAGGUAAUAACAUAAAUAGAUUUGAGAUAAAGUUCUGAUAAAGAGUAAGGAGUGCUAAAAUUAUGUUCUAAGUAAAGUAAAAAUUAUUAUUACAUGAUAUAGGUAGAGGGUCGAAAUAUUAAAAUAGGAUGAUUGAAAAUAAAGUUCUGAAUGUGAAAAAUAUUUGCAAAAAGAAAUUCUUAGAAUUUAGAGCACGCAGCAUAGAUUCCAAUAAAUUAAGAAGGGCAAAUCCUUAACUUUCUCAGCCUUACAUAAUAAGAAAAUAUUGCGAAAAGGCAAUGUGA